CCCACGGGCUGGUCCCUGCCGCGCAGCGGGCCUAGGGUCCUCGGCCACUGCAAGGCCGCCUUUCUUGGGUCAUUCUGGCGGUAUGGCUGGGGGCCGUGGGGCCCUCGGGCGCAGCCGAGACGAGCCAUCAGAGAGCUACCCGCAGCGACAGGACCACGAGCUGCAGGCGCUGGAGGCCAUCUACGGCGCCGACUUUCAGGACCUGCGGCCCGACGCCUAUGAACCGGUCAAAGAGCCCCCCGAAAUCAAUUUAGUGUUGUACCCUCAGGGCCUGACUGGUGAAGAAGUAUAUGUAAAAGUGGAUUUGAGGGUUAAGUGCCCACCAACCUAUCCAGAUGUAGUCCCGGAAAUAGAGUUGAAGAAUGCCAAAGGUCUAUCAAAUGAAAGUGUUAAUUUGUUAAAAUCUCGUCUAGAAGAAGUGGCCAAAAAACAUUGUGGAGAGGUGAUGAUAUUUGAACUGGCUAACCACGUGCAGUCAUUUCUCAGCGAGCAUAACAAGCCCCCUCCCAAGUCUUUUCAUGAAGAGAUGCUGGAAAGGCGGGCUCAGGAGGAGCAGCGGAGGUUGCUGGAAGCCAAGCAGAAGGAGGAGCAGGAGCAACGUGAAAUCCUUCAUGAGAUUCAGAGGAGGAAAGAAGAAAUAAAAGAAGAGAAAAAAAGGAAAGAAAUGGCUAAGCAGGAACGUUUGGAAAUUGCUGGCUUUACAAACCAAGAUCAAACUUCAAGGAAAGACUUUGGAGGACACAAAGCAACUGCCAUCCUGCAUGGAGGCUCUUCUGACUUCGUAGGAAAUGGUAAACAUCGGACUAACUCCUCAGGAAGAUCCAGGAGAGAACGUCAGUAUUCUAUAUGUAGUAGUGAAGAUUCUCCUGGCUCUUGUGAAGUCCUGUAUUUCUCUGUGGGUAGUCCUGAUCAGCUCAUGGUGCACAAAGGGAAAUGUAUUGGCAGUGAUGAACAGCUUGGAAAAUUAGUUUACAACGCUUUGGAAACAGCCACUGGUGGCUUUGUCUUGUUGUAUGAGUGGGUUCUCCACUGGCAGAAAAGUAUAGGUCUUUUCCUUACCUGCCAAGAAAAAGAGAAGAUUGACAAGUGCAAAAGGCAGAUUCAAGGAGCAGAAACGGAGUUCAGCUCAUUAGUUAAAUUGAGCCAUCCAAACAUAGUACGCUACCUUGCAAUGAAUCUCAAAGAGCGAGACAACUCCAUUGUGGUGGACAUUUUAGUGGAGCACAUUAAUGGGGUCUCUCUAGCUGCACACCUGAGCCACACAGGCCCCAUCCCUGUGCAUCAGCUGCGAAGGUAUGCAGUUCAGCUCUUAUCAGGCCUGGAUUACUUGCACAGCAAUUCUGUGGUGCACAAAGUUCUGAGCUCAUCGAAUGUCUUGGUGGACGCAGAAGGCACCAUCAGGAUUACUGACUACAGCAUUUCUAAGCGCCUGGCAGACAUUUGCCGGGAGGAUGUAUUUGAGCAAACCAGAGUUCGGUUUAGUGACAGCGCCUUACCUUAUAAAACGGGGAAGAAAGGAGACGUUUGGCGUCUUGGCCUUCUGCUGCUUUCCCUCAGCCAAGGACAAGAAUGUGGAGAGUAUCCUGUGGUCAUCCCUAGUGACUUACCAGCUGACUUUCAAGAUUUUCUAAAGAAGUGUGUUUGCUUGGAUGACAAGGAAAGAUGGAGUCCUCAGCAGCUGUUGAAACAUAGCUUUAUAAAUCCUCAGCCUAAAAUGCCUUUAGUGGAACAAAGUCCUGAAGAUUCUGGAGGACAGGAUUAUGUUGAGACUGUUAUUCCUAGCAACCAGCUACCCAGUGCUGCAUUCUUCAGCGAGACCCAGAGACAAUUUUCCCGAUAUUUCAUUGAGUUUGAAGAAUUACAGCUUCUUGGCAAGGGAGCAUUUGGAGCCGUCAUCAAGGUGCAAAACAAGCUGGACGGCUGCUGCUAUGCAGUGAAGCGCAUUCCCAUCAACCCUGCGAGCAAGCACUUCCGCAGGAUCAAGGGCGAGGUGACACUGCUGUCACGCCUGCACCAUGAGAACAUCGUGCGCUACUACAACGCCUGGAUUGAGAAGCACGAGCGGCCUGCGGGCCCAGGCGCCCCGCCUCGGGAUACGAGGCCACAGGCCCAGAACGGGGAAGCUUUGCCCGGGCUCAAGGAGGAUGACAACGACUCCGACGCCCCCGACAGCAUCGAAGCCGCUGCCCCGCCGCCCAUCCUCAGCAGCUCAGUGGAAUGGAGCACAUCUGCCGAGCGAUCGGCCAGUGCCCGCUUCCCCGCGGCAGGCCCUGGCUCCAGCAGUGAUGAGGACGACGACGACGAAGAUGAGCACAACGGAGUCUUCUCGCAGUCCUUCCUACCUGCUUCAGAUUCUGAAAGUGAUAUUAUUUUUGACAAUGAAGAUGAUGAGAACAGCAAAAGUCAAAACCAGUAUGGAGACUGCAAUGGAAAGAACGCUUGCCAUGAAAGUGAAGCACCAGUGACCACUGCAGCUAUACACUACUUGUAUAUCCAGAUGGAGUACUGUGAAAAGAGCACGCUACGUGACACCAUUGACCAGGGCCUGUAUCAGGACACCACCAGACUCUGGAGGCUGUUUCGAGAGAUUCUGGAUGGAUUAGCUUAUAUCCAUGAAAAAGGAAUGAUUCACCGAGAUUUGAAGCCUGUCAACAUUUUUUUGGAUUCUGAUGACCAUGUGAAAAUAGGCGAUUUUGGUUUGGCAACAGACCAUCUACCCUUUGCUGCUGAUGGCAAACAAGAUGAUACGACAGAUCACUUGAUUAAAUCAGACCCUUCAGGUCAUUUGACUGGCAUGGUUGGCACUGCUUUGUAUGUAAGCCCAGAGGUUCAAGGAAGCACCAAGUCUACGUACAAUCAAAAAGUGGAUCUCUUCAGUCUGGGAAUCAUCUUCUUUGAGAUGUCCUAUCACCCCAUGGUCACGGCCUCAGAAAGGAUCUUUGUUCUCAACCAACUCAGAGAACCAGCUUCUCCUAAGUUUCCAGAAGACUUCGAUGAUGGAGAGCAUACAAAGCAGAAAUCUGUUAUCUCCUGGCUGUUGAACCAUGAUCCAGCCAAGCGGCCCACAGCCACAGAACUGCUCAAAAGCGAGCUGCUGCCCCCACCACAGAUGGAGGAGUCUGAGCUGCAUGAGGUGCUGCACCACACCCUAGCCAAUGUGGACGGGAAGGCCUACCGCACCAUGAUGGCCCAGAUCUUCUCCCAGCGCAUCUCCCCUGCCAUCGAUUACACCUAUGACAGUGACAUACUCAAGGGCAGCUUUUCCAUCCGUACAGCCAAGGCACAGCAACAUGUGUGUGAAACCAUCAUCCGCAUCUUUAAAAGACAUGGAGCUGUCCAGUUGUGUACCCCACUUCUGCUUCCCCGAAAUAGGCGAGUAUACGAACACAACGAGUAUGCCUUGUUCAUGGAUCACAGUGGGAUGCUGGUGAUGCUUCCUUUCGACCUGCGGGUUCCUUUUGCAAGAUACGUGGCAAGAAAUAACAUUUUGAAUUUAAAACGAUACUGCAUAGAACGGGUGUUCAGGCCUCGAAAAUUAGACCGAUUUCACCCCAAAGAACUUCUGGAAUGCGCAUUUGAUAUUGUCACCUCUACUACCAAUAGCUCCCUGCCCACAGCUGAGAUCAUCUACAUCAUCUAUGAAAUCAUCCAGGAGUUUCCAGUUCUUCAGGAAAGAAAUUACAGUAUUUACCUGAACCACACCAUGUUAUUGAAGGCAAUCCUCUUACACUGUGGAAUCCCAGAAGAUAAACUUAAUCAAGUCUAUGUUAUUCUGUAUGAUGCUGUGACAGAAAAACUGACGAGGAGAGAAGUGGAAGCUAAAUUUUGUAACCUGUCUUUGUCUUCUAAUAGUCUGUGUCGACUCUACAAAUUUAUUGAGCAGAAGGGCGAUUUGCAAGAUCUAACACCAACAAUAAAUUCAUUAAUAAAACAGAAAACAAGUGUUGCACAGUUGGUGAAGUACGGCCUGAAAGAUCUAGAGGAGGUAGUUGGACUGUUGAAGAAACUUGGCGUCAAGUUACAGGUUUUGAUCAAUCUGGGCUUGGUGUACAAGGUACAACAGCACAAUGGGAUCAUCUUCCAGUUCGUGGCAUUCAUCAGACGGAGGCAAAGGGCUAUAUCGGAAAUCCUUGCAGCUGGUGGCAGAUACGACCUGCUGAUUCCACAGUUCAGGGGACCCCAGGCUCUGGGGCCAGUUCCUACUGCCAUUGGAGUCAGCAUAGCUAUCGACAAGAUAUCUGCAGCUGUGUUCAACAUGGAGGAAUCUGUUACAUUAAGCUCCUGUGAUCUCCUUGUUGUAAGUGUGGGCCAGAUGUCCAUGUCCAGGGCCAUCAACAUAACCCAGAAACUCUGGGCAGCAGGAAUCACAGCAGAAAUCAUGUACGACUGGUCGCAGUCCCAAGAAGAAUUACAGGAGUACUGCAGACAUCAUGAAAUCACCUAUGUGGCCCUCGUCUCAGACAAAGAAGGAAGCCAUGUCAAGGUUAAGUCUUUUGAGAAGGAAAGGCAAACAGAGAAACGUGUGCUAGAGUCUGAUCUUGUCGACCACGUUGUGCAGAAACUAAGGAUCAAAGUCAGUGAUGAAAAGACUAGCAGAGAAGCUUCCGAUAAUCUUGCAGUGCAAAAUCUGAAGGGAUCAUCUUCUAAUGCUUCAGGUCUGUUUGAAAUCCAUGGAGCAACCGUUGUUCCCAUUGUGAGUGUAAUCGCCCCAGAGAAGCUGUCAGCCAGCGUUAGGAAGCGGUAUGAAACUCAGGUGCAAACCCGACUUCAGACUUCCCUUGCCAACCUGCAUCAGAAAAGCAAUGAAAUUGAAAUUUUGGCUGUGGAUCUACCCAAAGAAACAAUCUUACAGUUUUUAUUAUUAGAGUGGGAUGCUGACGAACAGGCAUUUAACACAACUGUGAAGCAGCUGCUUUCACGCCUGCCAAAGCAACGAUACCUCAAGUCAGUCUGUGACGAAAUUUAUAACAUCAAAGUAGAAAAAAAGGUGUCUGUGCUGUUCCUGUACAGCUACAGAGAUGACUACUACAGAAUCUUAUUUUAAUCCUAAAGAACUGUCCUUACAUUGUUUGGACAGAAGCUGAUAUUAUAAAGUGUACAUUCAUUGUAAUUUUUAAAUUAACUUUACAUUCUAAGAAACUGUUCUUCAGAGUUGAAGAACAGAGUUUGUCAUUUUUUUCAUGUAUAGUACAUUGUAAAUUUAUCUUUUUAAAAUAAUAAAUGCUUCCAUAUAUCUCCUGCCUUUUAAUUGCAUUAUUUAUUAACGCUAUAGGUUUUAUGAAUCUGGAACACAAGAAAAUAGUCUUGUUCUUUCCUUAACCCUAGUGCCUAAACACAGGACAAUAUCCAAAAUAAAGGUAUAAAGAAACCAAGUAUCACCAUUAACUUGGAAUCUUUAUUCUCAAGGAUUUUUAAAUAUGCACAUCCUAAAUUAGUUUAAAAAAGCAAAUACUCAUAUUUGGUUAUGAGAAAUUCAAGGUGCUAAAGGACUAUGGUAAUAAAAUUAUACAGCCAUUUCACUGGGGCAGAAUAUCCAAGAGAUACUUCAACUUUUUAUAAAAUUGUCAAGUUUCAGUUCCAAUGCCCUAGAGAAGAU